CAACGCGAAAAUCCUGACAGCUCGAGCGAGUUUUUGUGUUCAAUUCGUCAAAUUUAUAAUUAUAUAAUAUAACCCAGUGUUGCCAUAAUAAAACAAUAAAACUGCCACAUUAACGACAAUAAUAAUGUCAAAUCAAAAUAAUCAAUCAUAAUCAAAAGUUUGUGUUUAUUUUGGUUUUCGUUGAAAUUUUAAUCGAACUUUUUGAAACGUUAUUACUUUUGCAAUGUUUUUCUUUUUUUAUUGUUGAGAAGGCUCCUUUUCACGGUGUUGACUAAUACUUACUCAUAAUAUAAAUAAUAUUCACAUAUACAUGUUCAGAAAAAAGCUUAUUCUUUCGGUUACAUCGAUAAAGUGUCUUUGUAUAAGUGCGGUAUACCAACCGGUGUUUUGCCAUUUCGUGUUCUUUUUAUGUAUACAUUCAUACAUAUAAUAAAAUGUUCAUUAAAUAAAGCUCAAAGUGUGUUCAUGUCGCAUCAGUGUUCAUAUAAUAAUAUAUCCUUUCUCCGUAUAUCCUUCGAAGUAGAGUAGUGUUAAAUUUGAAAGCUUCAAAAUAUAGAUAAAAGCUUAUUUCCAUAUGUACAGGAAAUAUGUUCUGAAAAAAACAUAAACAUAAAUAAAUACUUAAUUAUUAAAAAUUUUGAAAUUGAAAUUAAACAAUAUGCCAUUAAAACUUAGGCAGUAAAAAAAGAUUUAGGAAAAGAAAAUUAGAAGACCAUGGAAGAAGAAGUGGGACAGGAAGCGAGCGGGACAAUUCCCCAGGAAGACGAUAUUUAUAAGAAAAUCCAAAUGCUUGAAGCUGAGAAUAAAAAGAUGCACACUGAGUUCAAUACCCAACGAGCCAAGCUUAAGGACCUUUUCAUUCAGAAGGAAGCCGAUUACGCCAACUGCAUGGCGGAGAAGAACGCCAUACAGCGGGAACUCGACGAACUAAAGAGCUUGGUUUUAGUAGCCGAAUGUCGAUCUGACAAUGAGAGGGAGUUGAGUGAUUUGAGGUCUAAGGAAGAGAUAUCUUCUUUGCAGCUUUUACUUCAGGAAACGAUGGAAGAAUCUUCGAUCUGUAAGGCAGAGUUGGAAAAUCUUAAAGAAGAUAACAAACGUUUGAGGCAAGAAAAUCGAGAGUUGAAAGAGGGCAUUAUUCAACUGCAACAGGAACCUACAAGUCUUGCAGUUUUGAGUCAUGUUAAGAAAACUCUCGCACGUAAGUUAGGCGCUGAGUCCUCAAGUCAUGAUACGCUAGAUGAUUCUAUGCGGAAGGUAAACAAAUAUGCUCAGGAAGACGCCGAAGUCCUUAGAUCAUUGGUUGUUCCUUUGGAAGAAGAAAUCAAGGCAUUGAAGGAGAAACUCCGUUCUACCGAUGAAGAACUUCAGGGGCUUCAUAGCCAGAAAAUAUCUCCUCAAGUCGUUACAAGCUCAGUGGUGGUGGCUCCAGUUGGAGUUCCACAACCAAUCGAUGUUGUUGCUGCUUCAGUAAAUAAUUCUGUUAGUAAGUCAACUUCAAUGGAAUUUCAAUGCGAGUCUUGUCGCAAUUUCGAUGAAGAACUUCAAAAGACCAAGCAUCAACUUUCUCAGAGCCAAUCAAAGAUAGAAGCUUUGAAAAAGAAUAUCGAAGAAUCAGCUGAGGAUAUAAAGAAAGAAGCCGCACUUCGCAAGGAUCUCGAGGAUCAAUGGCAGGAGAAGCGAGAAGCUCAUAAAAAUGAGGUGCAAUACCUCAAAGAACAUGUCAAGAAAAGCGAAACAGAGCUGAUGGAUCUUCAGCAACAAUUUCUUGACGCUAAGAAUGAGAUAACAACACAUUUGCUGCGACUCUCUGACGAUCGUGAACGGGUCAACAAACAGCUUGAGACAUUACAAGCUGAUAACGACUAUUUGUCAGGAAGAUAUCUGGCAACUGCUGAAGAAAUCGAGAAUCAGUACAUAAACUUACCGAACAAUGUCGAAGAAUUACAUGAACUAUUGUUGCGUCAGCAAAAUGACUUUAUUCAAGCUCGAGUGGGAUGUGAAUUUGAGAAACAGAAAUGUGUCAGCUAUGCUGACGAGGUGCAGAUCUUGAGAGAUCAGUUAGACGCCAAUAUCAAUGAGAAAAGGGCUUACAAGAAGAAGGUUCAGUCCGAGAUGAAGUCUUUGCAGGAUAGAUUGACAGAAUAUUUGUUAACUCAACAAAAGUACGAGACUAUGAAGAACACUUUUGAAAGGAAAGAAUCAGAACUUAACAAACAGAUUUCGGAGUUCCGUGUCCAAGUUAUUGAAUUACAGGAGAUGAAUGAAAAACUUAGCCGAAUCAAUGUCGAAUAUAAAUCAAAAAUCAAGAAUCUUCAAGACGAUUUAGCUACAAGUGAGCAUGUUCAAAGAGAUUUCGUGAAGUUGUCCCAAAACUUACAGAUAACAAUUGAAAAAUUCCGACAACCCAAUGCUGAAGUUCGCUGGCAAGAUGACGAAGAUAUUGACAACUGUCCAAAUUGUAAUUGCUUAUUUACAGUUACUCUACGCAAACAGCAUUGCCGUCAUUGUGGUGUUAUCUAUUGUGAUAAAUGCCUAAAUAAAUCAGUUCCAUCAGGUCCAAGGCAGAAGCCAGCUAGAGUAUGUGAACUUUGUCAUACUUUGUUAGCUCCAAAUGCUGCUCCCUACUUCAGUCAGGAGCCACCACAAUCCCCAUAAAUAAAAAAAGGAGGUGGCAUAAGAAAUGACGUUUGAAGUUUUGAGACGAAAAGAAUUGAAAAUUUUCCGGACUGUGUCCAUAUUAGUAAUUUAAGGAUUUUAAAAUUAAUGUUUUUUUUCUUUUGUUUAAAAUAUGAAUUAUCUGAUAUAAUAAAAUAUAACGGUUUAAAACCA